UUUAAGUCUAUAGCAGAAGAAGAAGAAAUCAACAUUCUUUUUUCUUCGAAAUUUACUCGUUUAAAAAGAAUAAAAAAAAUAUGUUUCUGAAUCAAAUUCAAAUAUAAAUCACGUAAUUUUGUAAAUACCGUUACCAAAGCCAAAUCACCAGCACAUGAUGAACGCUCGCAGCAUCGGCAUGCUGAAAAUGCUCAGACACUCUUGGCGCACGUUUCCACGCGGCCUGGCCACUAAGGUGACCACAAUUGGCGGAGAUGAGGUGGGCAGUGGCACUGGAAUCGGUCAGAUUACAGGCGGUGUGCGGACUAGUAAUGGACCCCAAAAGGUGAACACGCCGUCCAAAGAAAUCGUCACCCACCUGCCUCCCCUUACCGAGCCACUGCCCAACCUGCCGGAGGCCGUUUACGCAGCUCCGCUAGCAGAGAGCGCUAUCACGAAGGUAACAACGUUGCCUAAUGGUCUACGAAUUGCUUCGGAACCACGUUAUGGCCAGUUUUGUACCGUGGGCUUGGUCAUCGACUCCGGACCGCGAUACGAAGUGGCCUACCCCAGCGGCGUUUCGCACUUCCUCGAAAAGCUGGCAUUUAAUUCCACAGUCAACUUUCCCAACAAGGAUGCCAUACUUAAGGAGCUGGAGAAGAACGGUGGUAUCUGUGACUGUCAGAGCUCGCGGGACACGCUCAUCUAUGCCGCCAGCAUUGACAGCCGGGCUAUUGAUUCCGUGACACGUCUGCUGGCGGACGUUACCCUACGGCCCACGUUAAGCGAUCAGGAGGUAAGCCUGGCCAGGCGGGCCGUCAACUUUGAGCUAGAGACCCUAGGCAUGCGGCCGGAACAGGAGCCUAUACUGAUGGACAUGAUCCACUCGGCGGCCUUCAGGGAUAACACGUUAGGUCUGCCCAAGCUGUGUCCGCUUGAGAAUCUGGAUCACAUUGAUCGGAAGGUGCUGAUGAACUAUCUCAAGUAUCACCACUCUCCUACGCGCAUGGUCAUCGCCGGUGUAGGCGUGGAUCAUGAUGAGCUGGUGAAUUACGUUAAAAGGUACUUUGUGGAAGACAAAGCCAUUUGGGAAACGGAAGCACUGGAAGAUUUGGGACCCAAACAAGUUGAUACAUCAAUUGCUCAAUACACAGGAGGAUUAGUGAAGGAACAAUGUGAAAUCCCCAUCUAUGCUGCGGCGGGCUUACCAGAGCUGGCUCACGUGGUUCUUGGCUUCGAGGGCUGCUCUCACCAGGACAAGGACUUUGUGCCGCUGUGCGUCCUAAACAUCAUGAUGGGUGGAGGUGGCUCCUUCUCUGCCGGCGGUCCUGGCAAGGGAAUGUACUCGCGUCUGUAUACCAAAGUGCUGAACCGCUACCACUGGAUGUACAGUGCUACGGCGUACAAUCAUGCCUACGCCGACACUGGACUGUUCUGCAUCCAUGGAAGCGCACCGCCACAGCAUAUGAAUGACAUGGUCGAGGUGCUGACCCGUGAAAUGAUGGGCAUGGCUGCAGAGCCGGGUCGGGAAGAGCUGAUGCGCUCUAAGAUCCAGCUGCAAUCCAUGUUGCUGAUGAACUUGGAGUCCCGACCCGUUGUGUUCGAGGAUGUGGGCCGUCAAGUGCUGGUGACAGGACAUCGCAAAAGACCCAAGCAUUUUAUUAAGGAAAUUGAGAGUGUGACUGCCGCCGAUAUCCAGCGCGUUGCCCAGCGCCUCCUGAGUUCCCCACCCUCGGUGGCAGCACGCGGUGACAUCCACAAUCUGCCCGAGAUGAGCCAUAUCACCAAUGCCGUCAGCGGGUCUGCACGUUCUGGACUGGGCCGUAGACUUUCUCUGUUCAAAUAGCGCUGGAUAUGAGGCCGCCACGAUCUGAGAGAUCAUUUCGCUUUGUUGGACUCGUGUUUCACAAUUUUGUACGAAGGGUACUCGUGUUAAGUUUUAAUUGGCUAAAAUAUUUACCAAAAUUCGAUUCGGUUA